GAAAAAAUAUAUAUAUAUUAUAGUAACUGUUUCUAUAAAUUUCUUACGAAUAUGAGAUACUAGAUAUCAUUUAAUAAAAAUUAAACCUUAAUUGAUCAUGCAUGUUAUGAAAAGCCAAUCUCUUUUACUAUGCCAAUUACACGAAAUUUGCUAAAAUGCAUGGUGUGGUUAGUGAUAAUAUGAUAGCAGUGGAUGGUCAAUGGUGGAUUACGCUAUGGUUAGAAUGAUUGCAUGAAUCAACGGUGGAGAUUCCCUGAGUGAGAAGGCUAGAUGGAACAGCGUGCUAACGUGACUCCAAUAUAGAAGAAGAGAGCCACACUUCCUUUUCCACCAUUGACAUUCUCUGACUAUUUCCUCGGCAUUUGGCAACCUCUGCAAACUCCUUCUCUCUCUUUAACUCUGCAAAGGGUAAAGUAAAGACUUCAUUCAAUCACAAAUCACAAUUGCAUUUCCAGAGAAAACUUGAACCUUCUUCACAUGUCGUCGGACAUAAGCUAGAUUAUUAGCCACCCUUUUUCUUCCUUCCUUUAACUCAACCUUCUUCAAUCUUCACACACCCCUUUUAGAAUAUAACAAGGUUUAUUUGUCAUUCAAUGGCUAGUUGCUUGAUUUGUUGUUGUGUCAUUAAGUCUAGUGUUGCAGUUGUAGCGUUAAGUGUGGUUGUGUUUUAGUGAGGGAAAAAAGAAAGAAAGUUGGAAGCUUUGGUUGGUGGGGUGGUGGGAAUUGUCAUGGGUGCGGAUCGUCUGAUACUGCCAACAGUUGGACCGCCAUUAAAACGGCGAGCAGGGUUGCGGAGGAAGCAGGCUGGAAGAGGGUCCUACAGAGGGAGCUAGGUGUGAGUGAGUGAGUGUGUUUUUGGAGGAUUCAAAUUCUCGGGGGUGCCUUCGGGGUGUUAAAAGUUUCUGACUUGUUAGGGGGGGGACAACAUGGGUACCAACUUGCACCAAGUACUCGGAAGCCUCUGUUUGAAUACUCACUGGAACUACGCCAUCUUUUGGAAGCUCAAACAUCGUGCUCGAAUGAUCUUGACAUGGGAGGAUGCAUAUUAUAACAAUCCUGAUGAUUUCGACUCUUCAGAAAAUAAACACUGCCAGAAGACCUUGGAACAGAUUGGUUGUGGGAAAUUUUCACACAGUGCAUUAGGGUUAGCGGUGGCUAAGAUGUCAUAUCAUGCAUAUUCAUUAGGAGAAGGUAUUGUUGGACAGGUAGCUGUUACUGGAAAACAUAGGUGGAUCUGUGCAGAUAAUCAAGUUGCGAGUUCUGGCUUGUCUUUUGAGUUUGCUGAUGGGUGGCAGUCUCAGUUUUCUGCUGGAAUCAGGACUAUUGCUGUUGUUGCUGUAGUCCCUCUUGGUGUUGUUCAGCUUGGCUCUCUAAAUAAAGUGAUUGAAGAUAUGGGGUUUGUAACUCAUAUCAGAAAUCUUUUUUUGUCUACUCAAAAUUACUCAAUCCAAUGUCCUAGUCAAAUACAGGGUAGUUUGAAGAGUUCAUCUCAGCUGGACAAAUCGAAGGAAAAUUUUUCUUCAGAUAUUAUGCGUACUUGCUUUUACGAUACACAGAAAUCUAUGAAAAGUGAAACAGCAGAUGUUUUAAUGCCCCUUCAAUGUUCUGGGACUGGGAGGAACUGUACACCUCCUUCUGCUUGUGAGAAAAUGUCUGAUAAUGUGGCCAAGCAAGAGGGGCCUGAAUUGUACAAUGAUGAAAGUUCCAUUUUGCUUCAGUCGAUAUCCAAUAUGAUGAAUGUGGACUGUCAGGAAUUUGAAGAGAUGAAACCUCUAUAUGGGACAAAGUAUGAAGGAGGAAGUAGUGGCUGCAAAGAUAUGAGAUUGGAAUCAGAAAAAAAUGUCUCAUCAUUUUUAAAUGAUUUUGUUACAGAUAAUGCUAGCUUCAAUGAUGUAAUAUGUCCAUCAGAAAAAGUCAGAGUUGAUUCUGCAUGCUUUCCUUCAGUUUUUCUUGAUACAGUUGUUUGUGAAAGUGAUAAAUUGCAUUAUGCAGAUAUUAACCAAAAAGGGGCAGUGAAUUUUGCCCAACCUUCAGAAGCAAACUCCCAGCAACAUAUUGAAAAGUCAAAGUUUCAUACUGAGCCUUGUUACAAGGAUAUCCCAGACUUCCAAACUGAACCUUGUUACAAGGAUGCCUCACACAUAUUGAAGUUCCCUGCUGGCUGUGAGCUACAUGAAGCACUUGGACCAGCUUUUUUGAAAGGGGGUAAAUGUUUAGAUUGGCCAGCACAGAUUAAUCAAGAAAUGAAAUCUGUUGAAAUGUCAGAUGAGAUUAGCACUAGUCAAUUGACUUCUGAAUCUUGUCCAGAACAUCUUUUAGAAGCAAUGCUGGCCAACUUUAGCCAUAGUAAUAAUGAUGUUAAUAGUGAAUUAUCAUUUUGUAAAUCAAAGCAAUCUGCAAUUGUCUCUGCAAAAAAUCAUGAGGCUUCUAUUCACAAUGUGCAUACUAUUAAUUCAGAAGGCUAUUCGAUAGAUCAGCUCUCUCUUGUCAGAGAGGACAAACACCAUUCUUUGAGUUCAUCAUCAGGGAUAUGUGGUGUGAUGUCCUCAAAAGGUAUUUCAUCUACAUUUCAUAGUUCAAAUAGUGGACAGCUUGAAAGGUCGUCUGAACCAUCUAAGAACAGCAAAAAAAGGGCCAGGCCAGGGGAAAGUUGUAGGCCUCGGCCAAGGGACAGGCAACUGAUCCAAGAUCGUAUCAAAGAGUUGAGAGAGCUGGUGCCAAAUGGAGCAAAGUGCAGUAUUGAUUCACUCCUGGAGCGCACAAUAAAGCACAUGCUCUUUCUCCAAAGCAUAACUAAACAUGCUGACAAGUUAACUGACUUUUCUGAUACGAAGUCAAAGUUGCAUCAUAAGGAAGCAGACAUUCUUGGAUCAUCUAGUUAUGAGCAGGGCUCAAGCUGGGCCAUGGAGGUAGGGGGUCAUCUGAAAGUUCAUUCAAUAUUAGUGGAGAAUCUUAGCAAGAAUGGACAGAUGCUUGUUGAGAUGCUAUGUGAGGAGUGCAACCAUUUUCUUGAAAUAGCAGAAGCCAUAAGAAGUUUGGGCCUUACCAUUUUGAAGGGUGCAACAAAAGCUCAUGGUGAAAAGAUGUGGAUAUGCUUUGUUGUCGAGGGUCAAAACAAGAGAAAUGUACACAGAUUGGAUAUCCUGUGGCCGCUUGUUCAAAUACUGCAAUCCAAGAGCACCGUGUAUUCACAUUAACUUGUUGGUUCUUGGAAACUAUGGCCACUCAUUGGCAAGUGUAACUCAUUCUUGAUCUUUGAAAUGAUGCUCACCUUUAUAGUGUGUUAAGACAUAGGUUGUGGUCGUGUUUGUGUGUUUUCUUAAAUGAUUGAAAUGUGUGAUUGUCGUUGUUUAUGUUUGACACUGAAAAUAGCACAAUACGUUGAACAUAUACUAGUGUUACUCUCUUCACAUCUCAGACUUCUUGUUUAUUUACCAGUAAGGCCGAAGUUAUAUUAUUAAUGAUCAGAAUUUAAAUACAAUACAUAGGUAAACCUAUUUUGACAUCCCUCAAUUCUCUGUAAGUAUCCAUGAGUUAUACCCAUUUGAUGCCACAGUAAUGCCACCAAUUAAGCGUUGUUUCUUUCA